AUGCGAAGACUGCCUCUUGGUAUACCCAUAGCGACACAAGCCUCCUGGUUCUCUUCCUCCAACCCACGACUCCGCGUUUCCGCCAUGAAGCAAAGAUGGACAGAUGAAAGGCGUCGCCAAGAAAGAGAAAGCAGGGAUUAUUGGGCAUCAGAACGUAACAGAGAGCGCCAGGAGAAGUUGGAGAAGAUCAAACGGAGGCUUCGUGGCGAAGACUCGAAAGCCUCCCAGGAAGACGCUUCGAAGCUCCCGUCAGUUCGAAAAACCAAGCCACCCCCGCAUCCGGUCAACUUCAAGAACCUACCAGUGGAACAUCACUUCAAAAGAAUAUUCCUCGACCUGGACAUCGGGCUGGCCGCCUUGGACUACCGAAUGGUCCAUCUGCCCGGCGAACUGAAAAAAUUGUCUGAGCAGAUGAAGAUACAAAUAUCUCCACGGCAUGUCAUGAGAAAUUGGGACAGAGAGUAUUUCGUCGAGACGAUGAACGAGCAUCCCUACACGGUCCUGUACAGGCACAAGUACGAGCAGAUGAAGGAGAACACGCCGCUCUGGGUUUGGCUGUACGGGGUUACCCAGAACGGGGUUCCGGUUGUCGUGAAUACUGCCCGGAGGACCAUGAGGCGCCAGCUCCACGCCGCCCUAGAAGCCAGAGGCUACGAUCCCGAGGGACGUCUGCUCAGGCCCAAGAGGAACCGCACGGGGAAGGACACUUCCUUAGAGGGCAACCUGAUAGGCACGAUAGCGCUCACUGCCAGGCUCCCCGCCGACGUGGUGAAGAGGCUUUCCCGCGCCGAUUUGCGGGCGGCGAUGGACGUGGCCGUGGACCGCCUGAUUGAACUCAAGGACGCCGAGCAGAACCCGGAACGGUGGCAACGCGAGUACGACAGGAAACUGGAGGAGAGAGCACGCGAAGAGAUUGAACGGGAGGAGGAAGCCAAACGUCGGAGAGAGGAGGCAGAAGCAGAAACGAAGCGGCGAGAAGAUGAGUGGCUUGAGAAGGAGUUUCAGAAGGAGUCGGUGUGGCGGGAGAGGAGACUGAAACAGGAGGAGGAGCGAUCGCGAAUCAUUGAGGAGAAGAAACGCAGGCGGGAGGAGCGGAGGCUCAAGGUCGCCGAAGAGAAGCGCCGGAGAGAAGAAGAAAGGCCUCUGGAUUCGGGCCAGCUCUGGGCGUGA